UAGCUGUUUUGUGCGGCAAAUUCUUGGGCAUGUAAUUGUUUAAAUACAAAAUCCAUUUGUCCAUGCCCAUUGCAAAAUGUGUGAUCUUGAGCUGGAUCCCGACAAGAUCCAGCAGGAGAUCAUCGAGUUGCUGUUGUCCGUGGGAUCAGAAGUGAGCGAUGGCAACGCUUUGCUUCUCAAUCAGGAAAUGCAAAGGAUGUUGGAACAAAUACAAAUGCAAAUAAUGAAUACGCUGAGUACGGUGCGAGCCCGAUAUGAGCGCAACGAGCAAAUACUGAUGCGCCGACUGCAGCCACGAAAGCGGAGGGCCUGCAAUGACAACCAAAAUAUUGGCAUAAGUGGAGCUGUGCUGAGAGGCGGGAGUUUCCGUUUUAAGGGAAACCUAUAUUUUCGAGAUAUGGACGGACGCAGUUGUCCCAACAAUUCGGACUACGAGAAGCGCUGUUGUAGCGAAAUGUUUCCAACAGAUUUCGACAUGCGCUCAAAGCACGUCUGGACCGUAUUGGACAAGAAGAACAUUGUGAUGGGCAUUAAGUCGCAGUUGAUGGAACAUAAGCGUUUCAACGCAAAUGGCCUAAAGGACAACAAAGUAAAAAAAAACAUUAAUUUGCAUUCAAAAACAUUGUUAACUAUGCUCUCUGAAGUUAAAUACGACAACAGCUUUAAAAUCGAUUGGUUAGAGAUUAGUUCCUUGAACGUAGACUAUCGCCACUCGGCUUACAGCUGUGAGGCCAUGUGGAAUGUAUACCUAAGUCCUGAGAUUAGGCGUACCAAAUGGUCGCAGGAGGAGGAUGAGUGCCUAUUGAAGCUGGUUAAGGAGCAUAAUGGCUCUAACUGGCCGGCAAUUGCCGAAAAAAUGAACAAUCGUUCGGACUAUCUGUGCUAUUUGCGUUAUCAGGAGAAACUGCGUUUCUAUGACGACGCGAAUAGAGCGCACAAAUGGAACCACAAGGAUGACGAACGCCUCAGAGCAAUUGUAGCAAAAUAUACAACAAACGGUUUUACCGAAUGGGCCAGUGUUUUGGCCCACUUUCCGGGAAAGGCUAAGUCCACGCUGAUUGGACGCUAUACCUAUGUUCUGCAUCCAAACAUUUCUCAUGAACCCUUUACGGUGGAUGAGGAUAUUAUGCUUUAUGCGGCUGUGGAAGAAUACAAUGGCAGAUUUUAUUCGAUCCCGCGCUCGAUGUUUCCAAAGCGAUCUUUGACCCAACUACGUACCCGUUAUUUUAAUGUUUUGGCGCAGCGUCAUAAAACCGAUUCCUGGUCGAUAGAAGACGAUAAGAAACUUAUUGAUUUUGUAGCCAAAAAUGGCCAAUCUGCGUGGCUCGAUUGUGCCGAACAUUUGGGAAAUCACACGCGGACCAGCUGCCGUACACGCUUUUUGGUCAUCAAGCGAUAUCUGGAACGUUGCCCUAAUGCAAAGGUGGAGGACAUUCCGCGACGUCGUCCACAUAAAAAUACUAUUGUUACCCAAGAGAAUUGGGCGCAGCGCCUUGAGGAAUGGAGACAGGAUCCAAAAUCCCUGGAGCCACAGAAGAAACGCAUGAAAGUGGAAAACAUAUGGGAGAAACAAAUGCCGAAAGGCAUCGAUCUUCAAGUCUAUGAUUACUUUAAAUAUGGGUACAAUCUGCAAUUGGAUUACCACCCCAAAGUUACACUGCCGAAAGAUAAUGUCAAUCUUUGUCAGGUCAUAAGCACAUUAUUCUUCAAUCCACCUGAUCCUGGAGCCUUCAAGAAAAUAAGAAGCACGGGCGUGCCGGCGCCUUUGUGUCGCUGCUAUACUCAAAUGGUUCGAGAACUACAGCUGCCCCUUCUAGAACCAAAAACUCAAGUCCUACCACCUAAUUGGUCCACACUAAUGGGAUUUCGUACCCUUUGCAUAGUGUCUAGCUUUUUUGGGCUAGAGGAAGAGCCACAGGUAGAUCUGGUGUAUGAUGAAUGCACUCCGGCAGUGCAACUCUUCCGACAACGCCUGCGUGCCCUCUUCUUUCGCGUCGCCCUCUUGACUCGAUUGAGUCCGAAUCAUAUUGAGGGAAUGUCGACAUAUCUCGAGGCCCUACCAAAACCUGUAAAUGAGCUGAAAAAUGUGAGAACCACAAUAGAAGAACGAAAUAAUAACAGGGAGAUUUCCAAAAGGCGAAGAGUUACCGAAGUAAAAGCGGAAGUACAGAGCGAUGAGGAGAAUGAAAGUCAUACUGUCACAUUCGAGAUCGUUAAUGGUAACGAGUCUGAUGAAUCAAGUCAGAUAUUGGGAUAUUGAUCGAAGUAAAAUAACAUUUAUUUUAAAUUUGGGCUAUUGAGUAGAAUGUUAACAUUCCUUAUUUUAAAUGUGUAAUUUGUAAGACUACAAGGUAGACGACAUUGUCUUUCGAUUCCAACAAAUAAUUUUGACUCUAUAAAACAACCAACACUGUUACAAAGCACAAAAUAAAACCACGGAAAUAAAACAUUUUAUAUCAGCUCUUUGUAAUAUUCUAAA